GAUCGCCCGGCACAAAGUCCUGCAGCUUCCAGGAAGGAUCCCGCUGGUGAGGGAUUUGGAAAGAAUGACAAACAAUAGUUUCUUGUCCAAACGCCAGCAGAUGUGGGUCGAGGCAAUGCCCAACGAUGAAUUCACUGAAAAUCCAGUACAAUACAAGGAGGCUAUGACUCUGGCACAUCUAAAGACUCAAGAAAGUGCCUGCAUAAUUGCCGCCCGGGAAGUCAGAGGCCUAGCCGAUGUCAUCAUUUCAGAGAAAAGAAACACCAAUAUCAUUGAACGUAUCUCCGAGAGCAAAAAGUUGCGUCACGAAAAAGGUGUGGCGAACCUAAGGCAGGAGUUGGCACGUGUUGGAAAGGAAAUGGAAGUGUGUUACAUGAAGCCUGGGAAAUUAUUUUUGACCCAGUUAUCAGAAUCAGAUCAGGCUUUUGAGUCCUUCUUUCGUGCCUCUGAAAGUGACAUCACUUUAGUGUCCUACAGCAUACAGGACUUUGAGAACAUGUGGGCCCUUGUCUUCCAGGAGGCCCAGAAGAGGAGGCAAUGGAUUAGAGAGCUGGAUGAAACUUUACGCCAGGCUGAGGUGGAGCGAGCAGAACGGAUCACAGUCAUAUUAAGCAAAUACACCAAGAUUUUAGAAGACGUUGCCUAUCUCUUAUCCUCUGACGUCCACAGAUUCAUACACAAUGAAGCCAUGAUGAUAAACCAAGCUCUGCUGGCCAAUCGGAGAGCAAUAUCUAAGUUGUUCCUUAAUCUAAUGGAAGCCAACCUCAAGAGGGACUCCUUCUAUCGAUGCCAGCUGGAAGAGAGGAAGGAGAUCUGGAAAAGCAUGCAGAAGGAAUAUAUAAUUUCCAGUUUCAGAGAGUUUAUGGAAAGUGAAGGGAUACAGAAUCCAAGUACUGUGAAAAUGGAACUGGAGAACAUGCUAGAAGAUCAGCGAUCGCUUGCUCAAAAAAGAAUAGAACUUUUAUUCUCUCUGAGCCAUUUAUUGCCUUUGAAGCAUACUAAGGCCGAAAUAAACGAAUGGUAUGAAUCUCUGGUGGCAUUAAAUAAACGUAUAGACACUCACAAUGUCCAGUCCAUGAUGAGAAUUCGACUCCAGUACGAGAAGGUUUGUCAGGACUGUUUGGAGAAAGUCCAGGAAUGCAAACAAAAGCUGGUGGGCCUGAAAAUUUGUUCCCUCAAAGAGGCUGAGAAGAUUGUAAACCCCAGUUUCUAUCAGUUACUUGGGAAGCUGCAGGCUCGGUUUGAAGUUGAGAUGGAGAAGAUGGAUACUGACUUAGAACACCUGGUUAAAAAUACAGAAGUCAACUGCAGGCACCUGUAUCAGUACUUCCAAGAUGCCCUGGACAUCUUAGACUUUCACCAGCAGAAACUCUCUCAGCAGGAGAACGACCUUCAGAGAACUUUAAACGAUUGCCGUUGCAAGCACGAAAAUAUAAACAAGUUAAGGGAAAUUAAUCUGGACAUAUCGGUUGACAAACUAAGGAUGCAAAGCAGUGAUGAGAAACUGAAAGCCCAUCUGGAGAAGGUUUACACUGCCUUGGAUUUCAUUCGCAAUGGGUACAUGGUCUUCCAUCAAGAUCUCUUGUCUAAAAUUAUGGCUUACCCAGAACAUAUUCGGCAUGAACUUCUUUCCUAUAGCGCUGCCACCAGUCGGUAUUUUUAUGUGCGGGGCAGCUACAAAGGGACAUUAAAGAAAUCAGGCGCUACAACCGAAGAAGAAGAAACAAUGGAAGAGAGAGAAGAGAUAGAAGGAGAGACUCUGGAGAGUCCCCUGGAGCAGGAUAGCAAGGAAGAACUGCAUCCAGAGAAGGAGGAGGAUGCUGAAGAAGAUGGUAGUGCUGACCUGGAAGAAUCUGAGCAGCAGCAGGAAGAGAAAGGGGAAGAAAUGGAGACCUCAGCUCCCGAGAGUGACCAGAGCGGCAUUGCCGGAGGUGAUGUCGAAAGGUCUGGGGAAGGGAACAACUUGGGUCCGGAGACUGAAGAGGCCAGAGAACCAGCUUUGACAAAGGAUUCAGACAAGCCGUCCAAGCAGAAGGAUGUGAUUGUGGAGUUCUUCACCACGUCCAAUGGAAACACGUACCAAGUGGUGGAGUACUUAAAGAAAUCUAGGGCCAGGAAACCAGAGAAAUAUUACCCUGGAAAACUGAAAAGCAGUUCUCUACCUUCCUACCUGGAGCAGGUGUAUCUGUCAGAGGGUUUCUUUAGAGAUGUGAGAAAACAGAUCCGCCUGCAGUUCUUUGAGCAUUUGGAGAAGUGGUUUGAUGAGACCAUGUCCAGCGCCUGGGUCGUUGUGGGGGCCAAGAAGGAAGAGCUCCAUUCAGAGCUGCACCUGCGCCUCCACCUUCACGAGCCCAGGAGGGAGCGCAUCGAGAAAGACGUUUACCACGUCAGGAUGGGUAUCUCUUUUUAUCCAAUAGCCACGUCCCCUCUCAGUCCUGCAGGGAAAGGGUUCUUUGUCGGCCAUAAAAAUCCAAAAAGAGAUGGGUACGAAGGUGUCCCUCGCUAA